AGCCAUUGCGGCUCAGGUCGUUGAUUCGAUCCGCUCGUGGCGGGAGACAGGCAUUGUCGGCUUCGCCCCGCCCCUGGAGCUCAGGCAGCAUGGCACUCUCGCUCGCCUUCGUCGCGCCCACCGCGCCGACGGCUGGCCCUGCCCCCUCGCUCCGCGCGGCCUCCGCCCCGGAGCGCCCGCGCGCGGAGGGCGGCGCGGCGCUCGGCCCGGCGCUCGGCGCCGGCGCGCUCGCGGCCGCCGCCGGCGCCGCGCUGUCGAAGGGCCGCCGCCGCGCCACGGCCAGGAGAGGGCGAUCACUGACAUGAACAGCGAUUACAUCCGCGAUUACCCGGUCUACGAGAACAGCGUCAACUUCAUCAACAAGAACGGCGGUGCCACGGCGGUGCCCGGCAGCGAGAAGGCCCUCAAGACCAUGGUGGGCGCCGGCCCGGAGAUCAACGACGGCGAGAUCUGGGACCCGUUGGGCUUCGCCAAGCUCUACGACAGGAACUUUGACUUCAACAUGGUAAUGACGUGGCCGCACGUGCAGUGGCUGCGCGAGGCCGAGCUCAAGCACGGCCGCGUGUGCAUGCUGGCGUUUGUCGGCAUGGUGACCCAGUCGUUCUUCCAGAUUCCGGGCGAGCCGCAGGAGCCGAACUACUGGAAGGCUCUGGAUGCCUGCUACGCCGACCCUGUUGGCCGCCUCGGUGUGGUGCAGAUCUCUGUCUUUAUCGCGCUGAUGGAGGGCAAGUACUUCCCGGAGGAUGCGUGGAUCGGCCAGAUGGACCGUGAGCCCGGCGACCUCGGCUGGGACCCGCUGAAGUUCGCCAAGAAGCCUGGCUUUGACCUGCAGGAGAAGCAGCUCACCGAGCUCAAGAACGGCCGCCUGGCCAUGAUGGGCGUCGCGUCCCUGGCCUGCGAGCACGUGAUCCCGGGCUCCGUGCCGCUGCUGUCGGGCGCCCCGUGAGGGCGCGUCGCCGUCUUUGUCUCCUUCAGAUUUCGGCCCAUGCAGUUCGCGCGCAGGAGCACCGCAUUCUGACCAGGGAGCGCCCGGAGAGGCCAGCUCCUUGGCUUCUCGCCGGGUUGCGAAAGGAGCUCGCUCUGCUCGUCUGGGUCGUCAGUCCAGGCAUUUCAGUCGUCGCAGGAUUCGCUAGCUCAGGGUGGCGGGCUCCCCACCCCCCCCGCGUCUAGCUAUGGCGGGGAGUGCCCUGGGCUCCCUCGCCCACGGAACUCCUGGGUUUGAGGCGAGCCAUGGGCCGUCUCCUUAAGCCUCCUGCCUGGCGCAGGUCCACC